AAGAGUGAAGAUGGCGGUGGGCGUGUUGGGGAGUUGGCACUGAUUCGUAUUCAUUCAAAGAAAGAAAGAGAGAGAGACUGAUUUAGCAAAGCUGGCUUUUCUCCAUGUGAAUCUUUACAACGGGAGGGUUUGUUAUUUAGUUUUGGUUUCACACGCUGCAGUUCUCCUCCCCACCCCGAACCCUCUCUGUAAUCGCAUGGUAAGGUGAUGGCAGUGUUUGAGCUGGUCUGGAGGGUACUGCACACAGUGCUGUGCUUGCACCGGACGCUGUCGGCCUGGCUCCACCAUGGAAUGUGGGCCUGGAGGCGCUGGAACCCGGCGAGCCUGGCGUUCCGAUUCCAGAACGCCAAGAACAAAGGCAAGAGCCGGCGCGCGCGCUGGCGCUCGGACGGACGCUGCCUGAAGAAGUUACCGCUGCACUUGGGGCUGGUAGUGACCGAGGACGAGAGCAGCUACACGGACAUCGCUAACGUGGUGGUGUGGUGUAUGGCUGUUGGCAUUUCCUAUGUCAGCGUCUAUGACAACCAAGGUAUUUUCAAAAGAAAUAAUUCCAGAUUAAUGGAGGAAAUCUUAAAACAACAGCAAGAAUUGUUAGGUCUAGACUCUUCAAAAUAUUCUACUGAAUUUUUAAAUAGUAACAAGAAAAUUGAACAAGUUCUGUCUUGCCCGACUACAGUGAAAGUGCUUUCACCUGAUGAUGGGAAAGCAGAUAUAGUGAAAGCUGCUAAAAAAUACUGUCAGUUGGUUGCUCAGCAGCAGAGAAGGUCCACUGAUCUAAAUGUGAAUAUUAUGGACAGUUUUCUCAGAGAAAGCGCAUUCGGUUUACCUGACCCGGAUCUAGUUUUAAAAUUUGGUCCUGUGGACAGCACACUUGGCUUUCUGCCGUGGCACAUCAGACUUACUGAAAUUAUAUCAUUGUCUUCACACAUCAACUUAAGUUAUGAAAGAUUUAUUUCCGCCCUCCAGCAGUUUGCAGCCUGUGAACAACGAAUGGGAAAAUGACCACAAGUCAGCAUGGAAUCGCGUCCAGGCUUCAGUCAAAGGGACCCAGAAUAUCCAAUGUUUACACUUACCUGUGAACCAUUGAAUCCCAAUUCAGUGUCUUUCUUUUUAUCAACCGAGGAUAAGAAUGUGUCUUUGUUCAAAUCUUAGUUGCGUCGCUGUCUGUGAGGGGUCAGUAUCUUUUUUUUAAAGAAACAGUUGAGCUUGACCAUAAUUCAGGCAUUCUGAAAUGGGACUUUUUAUAUGAAAGAACUGUAAGUUCGAAGGAUUACCAUCAUUGGACUCUUCUUUCUUGGAUGAUAUGGACAAAUAACUUAUCUGCAAUGCCUUGCACUAAAUGAGUGUUCAAUAAAUGUAUAAAGAUGAUCCUAUUCCAUUUUAAAGUCCUAUUUUAAUGCAACACCUAGAAUUUCAAUGAGUUUUAAUUAGCCUUAAACUAGAGUGCAGCAGGGAUGUUUGAUCAUGUACUGCUCAAGAUUUAAAAACAGCUAUUUUUUCCCCAAAGCUUUAAAGAUAUAAAUAUGGAAUUUAAGUAAUGUAAAGUAAGAGAUUACACUAUUCCAUUGUAUCAUUAUGAUGGACAGCCUGGUUUGUACUUGGCUGUCUCUUGUGCAGGUGCAAGGAUGUGGGCUGGCUGCCAUUCUUGUGAAUGCAUUUGUGGGCCAGUGUGUGAUGUUGUAUUAGUUUCCUGAUGAAACUGAACUAUGGCAUGAAUUGCUUUUGUGUGUUGUUGCUGUUUAGUUUAUUUUAUUAGAUAGACCUUGCUCAAUUUCACCGAGACAGAUUUGUUAGUGGUUGAUGGAUAAGGGAAUCUGUUUAAAUGCCAUAUUUCAUAUAAAAUUGGAAACCGAAGAGAAGCGUAAAGGAACAAUAUUUUUGGGUUUUAAUUGUAUCAUAAACUGCGAGCAAAGUUGAACGGGUAUACAAUCCAAGCAAGGGAUAUUAAUUGUACUUUUUCAAUUUUAUUUUAUAUAUGAUAUGGCAUAUACAAAACGUAAUUUCGUGAUAAAAUUUAAAAAUCUGAA